CGGAUCUCGAGGUGCAUUCGCACGCCAGCAGACUCACCAGACGCAUCAUUUGUCACAAACGCCUUCCGGCAUGAGGAGUCAGAGGGGCAGCGACCGGCCGUGAUCUUGCAGGGACGGGCUGCGCUGCAAUUCUCGGGACAAGGCAGAAGAUGAAAGGACAUCCACCGGGUGCCGCGUCCGGCCCGGCCACAGCGUCCAUAGGCAGCUCCUGCAUCCCGCCAGCACACCCAGCGGCAGGCGCGUCUUCCGGUCAGGCGCAGCAUGGCAAGGCAGGCUCUCUGCUGCCGCCAAGCAUCUGGCUUCGCCCAACUCGCAAGCCAUCAUCGCCUACCUCCCCGUCUUCACCGAGUCAGACUUUUAGAUCGGUCCCGCCGAGGUCGCCUCCAUCGCCAGCAGCAACAGCAACAGCAACAGCAGCAGCCUUGUCACCCGCCACGCUGCCACAAAUAGUCCCAACACCAUUGCUCUCGGCGCCGGCACCACCAAUACCACCAUCAGCAGCACCUCCAGGAGCACCACCACUACCAGCAGUGCCUGCCACGCCACCAGUGUCCACAAUACAAGCAGGUCCGCCAGCCACACAAUCACCACCACACACCCUCGAAAUUCCCUUCUCAAGACCAAAGACCUUGGUUUUCCUAGACACAACGUCGCAGAUCGAAAAAGGCCACGUCAAAAGAUUCGAGACGGUUGUUGACAUCCUAAGGCAGGCCGUCGAGAGCGAUUCACGGGUUCGCCAGCAUGCCAGCAACAUUGACUACUAUCUCCGAAUGUGCGGACCCUCCCGGCUGGAGAUGUACCCCUCAGUCCUCGUCUGUUGCCCGCCCUGGAUACUGAAAAAGCUUGACAAGUUGUUCCGCAAAGGUCUAGUCGCCCGCCAAUACCUCCGCACAGUGAGGGACCGCCGAAGCAUACUAUCCUCCGGAGGCAUCCUGUCUAUUUCUGGCCAAAGUAAUGCCAGCGCAAGCUCACCAUAUCCUUCGUACGAUUUGUACUUCUGGGCGAGCGACGAGCCGCUGCGUCUUACGACAGGCGUCGACAUAGUCAUCGCUCAGAGUGCCACCGGCAGCAUCGCAAUCUAUGGCUCAGACCUCAGUCAAACCACGCUCUGUGGCGCCUCUCUGCACUGGGCCACAGGAGGGGCGCGGAUUUCGACCAUUGGAUGCCUGGUGCAGGUCGACAACAAGCCAUUCUGUCUCACAGCUUAUCACGGCAUGUUCGGCGACCCUUGGCAACUGAGCAGAAGUGCUAAAGACCUAGACCUGUUGAACUCUACCGACUCAAGUUCGAUGUAUGAUGAAGAUAGCGACAGCGAGGAUUUUGAUGGCAUAUCGUACGACUUACCGUCUGAGGCCGACUCUCGUAGUGCCCCACAGAAAACCUCGACCGCUCGGGAUCCAGUGCAAUCAGACUCUGAGGUGUCAUUGCAUCCGGGUGAGAGCACAAGAUCCGCCAUCAUUAAUUCGAUCGUGGAACCCUCCCCCAUCAGAAGCUACGGCUCAGACCACCUUGAUUGGGCACUGUUCCCACUCUCGGGCACGACUCAGAUCCUCCCAAACCUUUACUGGGACUCCCAGAACUCCCCGCAGCCCCGGAUAUUAGAUAGUGUCAGUGACAAGGAACCAGGAUUGGACAUAGAUGUCUACAUAACCGCCUCGCAAGGCCGGGUCAAAAAGGGGAAGCUUGACUCUGUCCCUGCCCUUCUCGGAGCAUUGACUUAUCCUCAUCACCAUGCCAUCAUGUGGACAGUCGUGAUGGAACAGGGAGAUGGUGAGUCCAACGCAGUCCAUGUUCGUUUCAGACUCUAACAUCCAGGAAAUAGCUGUCGCUCCAGGCGACUCUGGCGCGCUCGUGGUUGCGCGAACCGCUGGGACUGUGUAUGCCCAUGUGGUAGGCGUCAAUGCAUUGGGGGAAGUUGUCGUCAGCCCCUUCCACGAAACGCUGCGACAGAUCUCAAAACAUUUUGGAUCUCCCAAUGUAGGACUGCCUAACUCUUCGAGACUUUUCGUCGAGCUUCUGGCCACAGUGGGGGCCAAAGGAGACGCGGCUCUGGUGCUGGGACUGUUGACUGUGAUCAGCUACGAGAUGAAGCAACAUCCGGGUUUCGAAUCACAAUUGCCGUUCAAUGCUGGUUCAAAUGAUCAAGAACGCCUCACCCUGCAACAUCCAGUCCUUUUGGGAAUUGGGAAAUGCCUAAAAAAUCCGGCACUGGUCGUCAAACGUCGAGCGUUGGACAUGCUCAGACACCAGCACAUGAUA